ACGGUUCUUUCACGGCAUCCCAGCCUCCAACCCUCUAGGCUACAUCCUUGACGAUGACUUCACAGGUCAAGCCAAGUUAAUGCUGCAGAAGGUUGGAAACUGGAACUUUGAUAUUUUCCUGUUUGACAGACUUACGAACGGGAACAGCCUCGUCAACCUGACCUUUCACUUAUUCAACACGUAUGGGUUAAUUGAGCUCUUCCAGUUGGACAUGGUUAAACUUAGGAGAUUUUUAGUCAUGAUUCAAGAGGACUACCACUGCCAGAACCCCUACCACAAUGCAGUCCACGCUGCAGAUGUGACUCAGGCCAUGUAUUGCUACUUGCAGGAGCCCAAGCUUGCUGAGACGCUGACCUCCUGUGAUAUCCUGCUGGGUCUGCUUGCUGCUGCCACCCAUGAUCUGGACCAUCCAGGUGUCAACCAGCCUUUCCUCAUCAAAACGGACCAUUACCUUGCAGCACUGUACAAGAAUAGCUCAGUUUUGGAGAAUCACCACUGGAAGUCUGCGGUGGGCCUGCUCCGUGAAUCAGACCUGCUGUCCCACCUCCCCACUGAAGACAGAUUGAACAUGGAGGAGAGGCUUGGAUCCCUGAUUCUGGCUACGGACAUCAGCAGGCAGAAUGACUAUCUUUCAGAGUUCAGGACACACUUGGACAAGGGAGAGCUCUGCCUCACUAACGGAGGACAUCGACACUUUAUCCUUCAGAUGGCUCUGAAGUGUGCGGACAUCUGCAACCCCUGCCGCCCGUGGAAACUCAGCAAACAGUGGAGCGAGAAAGUGACGGAGGAGUUCUUCCACCAAGGUGACAUUGAGCGGAAACAUAAUCUUGAAGUAACCCCACUCUGUGACAGGCAAUCCAACUCGGUUGCCAAUAUACAGAUUGGCUUCAUGGCGUACGUGGUAGAGCCUCUCUUUGUGGAAUGGUCACGCUUCUCUGACACACGGCUGUCCAUGACCAUGAUGAGCCACCUGAGCCUGAACAAGCAAGGCUGGAAGGAGGGGAAGGACAAGCAGGAGGCUAGCUCUAGUAGGGUCUCAGAGGAACAGAGGACUCCUGCCACCAAAGACUCAAACUCCAAAGUAUUACCUCAGGGAAGCAAAGGGUCAUGACAUGCCAAGCAUGACUGGCGCCCACGGUGAGGUGAGAAAGAGUGAAAUUUGUAAGUCGCUCUGGAUAAGAGCGUCUGCUAAAUGACUUAAAUGUAAAUGUAAAUGAUGCUCACAGGCAUGUGUAUUGGAAGAGAUUUCUGAAUUUUUCUUCUCCCAGCAUACAUCCCUCCAACCAGACAUGCUUUAUCUACUAAUUUGCUGGAUGCAGAGUUCAACAGAGUUCAAGUGAAGAUCAAGCAAAUCAUAGAGA